AUGGAUUCUGUCGAAGCCCACGCAGAACCCCUGCCCCCAUAUGUACUGCCUGAGCAGAAACCCAACGUGGCAGCUGCUGCUCUUGAUCCAGAGACCACUCAGCAGGAAGACCCUUCAUUCUUUGAGAGGCCCGGUCCUGUUUUACACGAAUCUGAAGAAACAAGACUGCCCGAAAAUCACGCAAGCAUCCAUGACAUCCCACCGGAAGCUCCCUGUGAGGGAUCUCAGAGGCAGUUGCUGAGAUCGCCAGGUCCACCACCAGGCCCUGCUGACAGUUCUGAAAACAAAUCUUCGGUAGAUGACCUGUCCGCAUUUCUGCUUGGGCUCAACUAUACCCCUACAAGCUUCCACAAUCAAUGGGGUACCUUGGCUAAUGGCCCAGCAUCAUCCGAAAUUUUGUACUGCUGCUAUCCGUUCCUGGGAAUCUCAAACAUUCAUCAGAUUCCCCAAAAUAACGCUAGGUUUCUUGAAAAUCAAGGCUGUCUACGGGUGCCAAUACGCCCUUUCCUAGAUGACUUGGUCCAACACUACUUCCUCUACAUUCACCCAUUUUUACCUCUGAUCAAUGAAGGCGACUUUUGGGAGCUGUAUUGUGAUAAGAGUUGCAAUCCACCUAAAAGGCCUAUGUCACUCUUGUUGUUUCAAGCUAUGCUUUUCGCGGCAUCAUCAAAAAGGCCAAACACAACAUGGCUAAGCCUUGCUAUUGAAAAUGCAAAGCUGGCGGAAGCUCAUCUUUAUGCCAUGAAGACUUCAAUUUUCGGCUCCAAGCAUCAGAACGUCUUGAAAAGGCUGUGGUGGAGUUGCAUUAUCCGAGACCGCUCUAUGAGCUUACUCAUGAGACGUCGAAUCUACAUCACCAACGAGCAGUUCGACUUCAGCAAUGAUCCACUUACCUCGGAAGAUUUAGUGGAUGAGUUUCAGCGGUCUAAGGUGUACGAUUUUUCGACCAAGGAAAAGUUAGCCGACAUUCUCUCCCAGUCAAUCACACUGUGCAUUACACUUACAGACACCCUGCUGCUCAUCUUCCCGCCAAAUGGUUUACAAGGUCCUCUGGAGAACGACCAUGAUAAGGACAUCCAUAAACUUCAGGAGUGCAGGACAUCUUUGAGAAGAUGGCAUGAAUUUGCUGCGAUAAAAAUGCCAAAGCGUUCAAGUUGCACUCGCCCCUCAACAACACCUCAAACAAACCAAGGCAUUGGCGAAGCUUCAAUCAUCUUAUACGCAAAUCUUGUGUAUAUGUACUAUCAUACAGCUCGCAUUGUCAUUUGCCAUUACGAAGCUCUUCACCUGAAUGUGCUCUCGGGUGGCGCCAAUGGAAACUACUCUCUCAUUGAGGAUUUGUCGACUAUCUUUAAGACUAGGCGCGAGUUACAAGACGCUACCUCGGACAUCGCUGAGUGUCAUAAGAAAAUACUACUUCUUGGUCUUGCCCAAUUUCUCCCCAACUCCGGGAUCGGUUUGAUUGUUCUGCCGCUUGUACUUAAUAUCUUGGAUGUCAAACUGUGCCCUCCAAUUGCACAUGCCAUGCAUCAGACUUCAGCAACCACGCAACACCAACUCAACAUUCUUAUUCAAUUCGUCAGGGCAUAUUGGACGCGAUAUGAUGGUCGUUUGCCGCAGGAUGGAGACUUUCCAGUGAAGCUCAGAGGGUUGUUCUCUACGGGUGUCAAUCCUCUUAGAGAACUUAUUGAGGGCCAUCACCAAAACGCCGUGGAAGAUCACAACAGUGCCAGCGCCCCAUCUCUACAGAAUAACCCCCAUAUAUCCACCAAGAGUUCAUUCGAUGGUAGAUUACACCAAACCAUUCUCGGGCUCGACGAGUGCCUAGUCACAAUCUUGGAAAGUGGGAUUAACUUCCUUGAGCCCGAACAAGUGGCAAAUACCAACAUCAGUCAAUCUCAAGGCGAAGAAGCGGAUAAUGGAGGUGGCUCAGGAGAUCAAAGCUCUUCAAGCUCGUUCGAUGACAGUGAGGGCUCCUCAGCUUCUUCCGGAAAAGCCAAAGAUAAGGGGGGGAAUGAUGGGUCUCAGCACUGGGCGGACGUAGAAUGCCAGGCUAUAUCUGGCUUCGAAACAGGGAUCAUGUCGGGUGAAAAUAUAGAGAAGUCUCUUUUUGAAGCAAUUCUUGAGGCAUCUGUCUCAUCCGACCGGGGAAUGUCGCAUUCUGUCUCACUAACUCAUCAGACCAAAAGUGGAAUGCACACUCCAACAGGAGGCGCUGAUAAGUUGUGUAUAUGAGAGAUGCAUAUUAUGUAACA